CUAUUAUUUUUUUUUAUCAAACAGAAAUUUUACAAAAGAAAGAAAACUAAUAUAAACAUGUAUGGACAUAUUUUAUAUAACCGAAAACGGUUGAAUCAUUGUAACACAUGUUUGAAGUUCUUAAUAAAUUGUCAGGUCGACUAUUAAGAGUUUCGAAUAUUUUUAUUAAAAAUAUCACUUACGUUAAUUUAAAAUUAAAAUGUCAAGUAUUUAAUCCAAUAUAAUCUGACCUAGUCCAGUCAUUUUUAAAUUAUGACUUAACAAAUAGUCGUAGCAUAGAACGAAUUAAGUUGAAAAACAUUUAUAUUGGGGAGCAAGUGUAUUCAUUGCGUGCGCGUACUGGAAUGAAGUAUCGACGCUGAAAAGACGGAAGUGCGCUUGCGUUUCUAACAGCAUGGGAAAGACACAACUGUGAAAUUGCUUUAAUGGCAAACCAAUUGCGUGAAUAUUCGUACCUCUGAAAAAUUUAUUGUAUAAUUCGAUGGAUUAUGCAUUAUAGUAAAUUUAAAUAUAACAAGUUUAAAUAUUAAAAUGCUAAAAGAGAAGAAAGGUAUAAGAUAUUUAAUCGCUCAGUGGAGAAAGGUACGCGUCGUAAAACUUGUCAAUAUUUUUGUAGUAAUACUUUAAAGCUCGCGGAGAGAUGAUCUGCACUGAGACUCAACAUUUCAAUCUUAAUAGAAUUCUGUUGCUUAUUAUAGGCUUAUGGCCUUACCAACGAUCAAAAUUUAGCCAUCUUCGAUUUAUUUGUUUUCUCAGUAUUUUAGCAACUAUUAUUUUCCUUCAGUUUACAUUAUUCGUAAGCCCGAAAUGUACUUUCAACUUUAUAAUUAAAGUUGUUUGUACAUUAUCUAUUUUUAUCUUUUUUAUAAUAAAAUAUAUCGCUUUCGCAAUAAAUAUCAACGAUAUGAAAGAUUUAUUGAUGCAACUUCAAUAUAUAUUCAACGAACUUAAAGAUGAAUCUGAGAACGCUAUCAUUAAAAAGUAUGGCCAAUAUGCAGAACGGUAUACAAUUACGCUUGUAGCACUCGGUUUUUGUAGCAUGUGUAUUUUAACUGUCGUUCAAUUUUUGUCGACUGUUCUUGACAUUGUUUUAUCAAAGAAUGUGUCUCAAGUACAUCACGUGCUGAUUGUAACAGAAUAUCAUAUUGAUCAAGAAAAAUAUUUCUAUUUAAUUGUGCUAUAUAUAUAUGCAGCUUUUUACAUUGGAGUUAUUGCAUUAGUAUCGACGGGAUCAGUACUAGUUGCAUAUUUACAAUAUAUCUGUGGAUUAUUCAGAAUUUCUAGCUAUCGUAUUGAACGUGUAAUGGAGUUUAAUAUGCUACAUAAUAUUACCUUAAACGAGAAUUUUAUAUUUAAAAGUAUAAUAUGUUCAGUGGAUAUUCAUCGACAAGCCAUAAGAUUGUGCAAACUACUGGUAUAUAAAUUCGAGACAAUGUUAUUCUGUUUAAUAAUAAUUGGAGUGAUUUGUUUAAGCCUCAAUCUUUUUCGAAUAUUUCAGAUAGUAUCAUCCGAAGAAAAUGUUAAAGAAAUAUUCAUGCCCUUUACAUCUUCAAUAUGUAUUAUCGUAUACAUGUUUACAGCUAAUUAUAUCGGACAGGAUUUAAUAAAUCAUAAUAAUCACAUAUAUAUUACCUGCGUAAGAUAUUUGAUUUUAACAUAAGUAUAUAUUAUAUAAAGUUAAUUUUAUACAAUCUCUUAUAUCAGUAAAGAUGUCGUUAUAUAUGAACAAUUUACAUGUGUUACAAUUGUUAAUAAAUCCUUUUAUUUCUGUGAGAUAAUAAAUUCUCAUUGUUUAAAUAAUAUAUUGUAGAUACGAAAUGCAAUGGUAUAUGGCUCCGUUAUAUAUACAAAAACUGAUAUUGUUUCUAUUGCAAAAAGGUAUCAAAGAUUUAUCUUUAAGUGUUGGUGGAUUAUUUAUUGCAUCGCUAGAAUGUUUUGCUACGGUAAAAAAAAAUUUUGUGCACAUAUAAAAAUGGAGUAAUUCCAGUAUUUAUGCCGCGCGAGAACUUACGUCGUAGUAAUCAGAAAAAAAUAGAAAAAAUGAAUGUAAUUUGCAACUACUCUGUUAUAUGCCUGUACACGGAGAGAAUUUUCUCUUAAAAAUUACCCUGAAAAUCGUGGUAAUUGUGAGACAACGUAAACCUUGAAAAAUUUUACCAUACUUUUAAUAAAA